GGAAAUGAUCUUUUGGAUAUUAUUUACAGUCAUCCGGAGUUCUUAAGCGAAUUGUAAAAUUCAAUCUUUUACACUUCAAGCUCUCUAAAACAGAAAUCUGAUUUCAUCAUAGUUCAAACUUUUUUUACUUUUUAUCUUUUAGCCCAAAAAUCUGUAAUCUCAAUUAAUAGACUAUUUUUAAAUGCUCAAGUAUUUCCUUCUGUAAACGUAUGUAUGUACUUACAUACAUCCAUUAUACAUUUACUAAGUUACCUUCGCUACACCGAAGAUCAGCACAAAAGUUUUCCACCAAGAAAAUUCAAAGCCAUUUGUAAAAAAGCAUCGUUCCGAUCAAGCGCAGACAAAUUUCCAACGCUCAGCGCCAAUUUGAGUUCCACUUCGUGUUUCAGUGUACAUUCGUAUCCCGACACGUCGAUUACUACCUCCGAGCAUUGUUUCAGUGCCGUGUUUUCAUUGAGUUUUCUACUAAAAAUCCAAAGCAUCAACAAACAAAAGCACAGCAGCCAGCACAAGUAAGCAGUUCUUUUGGCGCUGACCUGAACGCAGCGCACCGACAAGCCGCCCUCACCCGUUUUUCAGCCGACACUUUGCGCGCUCGCCCACAUCAGCUUGCUUCAAGUGUUGUAGAUAUUCCUUUGCUAAGAAAAACGUUGCGUAGUUGUUGCAUUAAUUUUCAUUAAAAAUAGAACUCAAACAUCGUCUUUGUACGAGCACAACUCUUGUGUCUAGUCUGUGUUCUGUCUUUGAACGCGGUGCACGCGUCUUUCGUCGUAAACGCUGAGGUGGAAAGUAAUAGCGCAAAGCACGGCAAAGACAAGAGGCGGGCAAAGGAAGUAUUUAAUAAGUGCAUUGAAAUAAGAAGGAACAGAUAGAGGAUUGCAGCAGAUCCAUUGUCGAUCAAACUAAGCGAUCGCCUGGUUGCACGAUCAAUCAUAUGUAAGUGAAUAGAAAAGGCAUAGUUCAGCAGCAGAAGCAGUUGUGAAGUGCAGCAAAGGGAGUAGCAGCCGCAGUAUUGGUGCCAAUUUUGCCGUUUUCACAGAGCUUCAAGACGUCUCACAAAAAGCGCAUGAAAAUGGAGAAGACUCCCCGCUACACGCAACGGGAGCGCAAUAUGGUGUUGGGUUUUGCCGCUCAAUAUAAGGACGUCAUCGAGAAUAAGCGCACCGAUGCCGAAUCGAAUCGGAAAAAGGACGAAGUGUGGCGUCAAAUAGCAAAAGAGUUUAACGCGCGUGUCUACCACCAACGCUCCUCCAAGCAAUUGCGUCAACUGUACAAGAAUAUGAAGCUGCUGUUGAAGAAGGAUCUCUGUGGCGAAGGCAAGGGCAACCGCACAUUUAUGGAUCUGUUACAUACGCUGUCGCAGCAGGAGUCCGUGGCGCAAUACAUAUCGGAACAAAUGUCGCCGAACGGUGGUAGCGGCGUGGGCAAUGGCAGCUAUGGCGGCAAUCGACAGCACAAAUACGAUGAUGACUACGAUGACUCAAAGAAUCCCUUCCCACAACUCGCCGCUCUCGCCUACGAUGGCAUGGAUCCGGACGUGAUUGUCAUAAAAUCCGAGGACAUUAGCGACAAUGAUCAGUCGCAACCGCCUGAGGACAUGGACGACGACGAUGGAGAUUGCCUGAGCUCGAAGGACAUACCGGAAGUUUGCCUCGAGGAGGAAGAUGAUGAAAUAUUCGCCACUGAUUUACGCCAAUCAACACCCCUCCCGCCAGCACAUACGUCUCAACGUGGUUCCUUAACCGCAAAUGGUCCACCUCCGCAGCAAAACGGCUCACAGCAGCAGCAACAACCCGAAGUGACAAUACAAAAUGUUGGCGGCAUACGCGUUGGCAGCAUUGGCAGCUUGGCCAAUUUGAAGGCGCUACAAAAUGGCGUCAAUAACUCUGCGCUCAGCAUACCUAACAACAGCGGCGGCGGCGGCGGCGGCAGUCACAACAAUGCCGGCACCAAUAGCAACGCACAUAGCAGCCAUCAUAACGGCCGUCAAACGCCCAGCACACGCCAACAGGUGAGCGCCGAACAACAAGCCGCGCAGCAAUUGCUACUCAACGGUCUUGGCUUGAGCGCCGUGCAUCCGCCGGAGCCGCCACUGCCGCAGCUGCAGCGCGCUACACAUACAGGCAACCACAACAACAGCAACAGCAGUCUUAUCAAUAGCACAAAUCAGCUGCUGCUGAGCUUGAAUGCCAACGCCGGCUAUGCUGGCUUGCACAAAAGCAGUCACAGUCAUGGGCACAAUCACGGUCACAGUCAUCACAACGGCCAUGGGGGCAACGGCGGUGGCGGCCUGCACAAUCACAGCAACAGCAGCAGUGGUAGCAGCAGCGGCAUCGGCUUGGGUGCCGGCGGUGGAGCACACAGCGGCACUAAUAGCCGCAAUAAUGAUUAUCUAAUGUCGCUGGCGAUAAAGGAGCGCGAGAGAAAAAUUGACUUGUUGAAUGCACAAAUCGAGUACUGGAAGACGCUUACGAAGAAGUUGGACGCUAAUGCGGCGCAUAAUCCGACGCCAGCGUGCAUGUGUCAUUUUCCCGGCAAAGUGAAUGGUUUGCAAACGCCGACAAGCAGCAGCUAGUCCGAUACGGAAGAGGAGGAGGAGGAGGAAGUUAAGGCGGCAGAGGUGGUCGAUGAGAAGAGGAAGGCAAGCGCAGUAGACGGCAAGGUUGCAGAUGA